AAGAAGACUGAGGAUGAGAUGAAGAGAGAGAAAGAGAAAUUCCGAGAGAGUUUUCUUACCAUUGUAGUGCAUCAAGGAUAAAUGGCAAGAGGAGUUAAUUGUACUGCUCCAAAAACCAUCAUGAACCUUAUUAUGCUCAUUUCGGUUCUCUGCUUAUGCACCAAAUCAGUCGAAGUUGAAGAACAAGCUUCGCGUCUGCCUGCUGCCGAAGUGGAAGCACUGAAAGAAAUAGCAAAACAACUGGGGAAAACGGACUGGAACUUCAACAUAAACCCAUGCAACAAUGACACAAACUACUGGGAUACUGCCAACACCCUCGGAUGCAACUGCUCCCAUCCUGACGGGUUUUGCCACGUUGUCAGCAUUUGUGGGUCACUCCAGUCGGCCAGAGUAAUGAGCACAUCCUCUUGCACUUAAGUUCGAAUCCCUCUUUCAUCUAAGGGAAGGAUUGGAUAUAUGAAUCAAUUACAAAUUUCUUUCCUAUCUAAAAUACAUUUACUUUCUAACAAAUAGUCCACUAAACUAUAGCAUGCAAGAGAUUUGAUUUGAUUUUUCUUUUUGUUCUUUGGGUGAAUUACGUUUGAGUUAUGUUGUGCAUGCCUAUCAUUAAAUCAGUGUAUGUGCAAUUGUGCAUGUGGGUUUUGAAGUUUAUGAG